CCAGCUUCCGAAUAUCUCUUGAUGAAGUCCGCCUGACCGGAGUAAAGAGGGCUGUAACGCAUAAAGCCAGUAAGAGAAGUUCUCUACAAUGGACGCAAGAGCGCUUCUUCGCGCUACAAAGAGCGGCAUCGGCUCUGGCGCUAGCGGUAGCAGUAGCCAUGGCGCUGCGCCGCCGGCGAUCACAGACCGGUUCGCAAGCUACAACCGCAAGACAAGUGCUCUGCGCUGCUCCGCGUGCUCGUAUAUGACCAUCAAACACGAGAACCUGUGGAUGAGCCAUGCAGCAAGCAAAAGCCAUCGGUCGAACGCCGCUGGCAUCCUUGCGAAAGAACGGCAGGCGGAGGAGCAGCAGGCUCAGGAGCGCCGACGGCGAGAAGAAGAGGGGGCGGCAGCUGUUGCAGACUCAUCCAAGACCCCCACCGGGAAAAGGAAAGCAGAAAGCCAAGAUGCGCCAGCUGCAGACGCGGAGAGCUCGAGCCAUGGUGACGGUAGCAAGAAGCAGCGCAUGGCGGACCCUGUGAUAGAAUCAGAGUGGGAGAAGUUCCAGCGCGAAGUCCUCGGCGGUGCAUCAGCGGUGGAUAGCACAGGGUCAGACAAUGAGUACAAACGCUUCGCGGCAGCUACGAUCGAGGCUGCAGCCGUCUUGCGCAAGCCAACUGGCGAAUAUGACGGCGAUGAGGACAAGGAGGGAGUAGCCGUCGCCUCCCCAGCGCUGCGUAAGACGCGAGAGGAGAUCGAAGAUGAGCAACGAUUAGAGCGCCAGCAACAAGAAAAAGAAGAGAUUAUGCAGCGAUACGAGGAAGAGGUGCGGUUACAGCAAGAAGGGGACGAGAGAGUUGCUGCUUUACGAGCCCGACUAGCGCGCAUUAAGGAAUCUCGGAAAAGAGCAACCAACGUCAAGGAAAAGGGCAAGGAGACGGCAAAUGGAAGUGUAUGAAGGGACACGGUAUCGUACUCUCAGCUGUCGUACCAGUACAAUGAUCAUGCAAGGCUGGCCAGCUCCGGAUGGGUGCACAUGGCAAAUGACUGCUAUGCACUUG